AUGGCACAAGCAUCAAGCAAGCAAAACUCCAUAUGGAGCAAAACAAAAGUCCUCGGCAAGAAAAACUUCGACAAAGCCUGGGAUGCACUGGACAAGCUCGGGCCCCCCGUUAACCGCCUGACGAAUAAGCUCGGCUCAGAGGCUUUCUGGCCCAUGACACUAGACAAAGAAAGUGAGAAGGUGGCCCGCAUUCUCCAGAGCUUCUGCAAAGAUGGCGUCUAUGUCGAGGAAUCCAAAGAAAGCACCCCUGUACCGGAAACGAAAGGAGGAAAGCCGCCGAUCGACAAACCGCGAGGAAAGCCAAAAGUGUUGCAGAAGAUCCCCUCCGAAGUGAUCCGACAGGCGAAGGGCUUGGCUAUCUUUACGGCUAUGAGAACGGGGCUAUGGUUCAGCGGUGCGGGCGGUAGUGGUGUUCUUAUUAGCAGAAUACCCGAAACUGGUGAAUGGAGUGCGCCGUCGGGUAUCCUGCUGCAUACGGCCGGGUUGGGGUUUCUGGUCGGUGCCGACAUCUACGACUGUGUGAUGGUGAUUAAUACCUAUGAGGCAUUGGAGGCAUUUACGAAGGUCCGGGUUACUCUCGGAAGCGAGAUCAGUGUCGCUGCUGGGCCGGUUGGAAUAGGUGGUGUGCUAGAGUCGGAAGUGCAUAAACGGCGGGCCCCGAUCUGGACUUAUGUCAAGAGCCGAGGAUUCUACGCGGGUGUGCAGAUUGAUGGAACGGUCGUCAUCGAGCGUAUCGAUGAGAACGAACGAUUCUACGGUCGAAAGCUGCCCGCCAAGGAAAUUCUGAGUGGCCACGCCUGGGUCGACAAUCCCUCGGUGAAAAUGUUGACGCACACAGUUCGAGCGGCGCAAGGUGAUGAUGUACAGUUCGAGCAGACACCCUCGGGGGUGAACAUGGCAACGGGGCCAAGUCCUAGCGAUCUCCAAUAUGCCGAUCUUGCGGGCACUCAGAUGGCUCAGGUUCAGCCGCCUCCAAAUCAAGGGCCACAAUACAAUGCUGGACCGCAACCCAAUGCUGGACCAGAGUAUAAUGCUGGGCCACAAUUCAAUACUGGGCCACAAUUUAACGCUGGACCGCAGCAUAAUGCUGGACCACCAUACAAUCCUGGAUCGCAAUCUAAUCCUGGGCAUGCUGCAUACUAUUGA